AUGACACACAUGAGUAAAACCCUCCGUUGUUGGCCGCAACGCCAGAUCAACACCAUCUUCCUCUUCUCUUUGUUAUUCAUUCAUCAUAACGGGUCAAGUUGUUGCUGAACAUCGCCGUCCAAAGCGACCACCGUGCCGGAACUCAUCCCCGCCGUAACAGAGUCUGUAAAUCAAAGAUCUGACCAUGCAAACAGCAUUUUACAGCCAUCAUGUAUUCUGCUUCUCUCACAGAAAAUUAAGUACAAAUGCAAAGAGUAGUUUGGUGAAGAGUUGUGCACCAUAUAUCCCUCAAUUCGAUUCAAAAUGUCAAUUCAAUAGGAGACCUUGUAUUUAUAAUUCUCCUGUCACCAUUAAUCCGAACAGAUUGUUUGUGAUACCUAACACAAAUGAUGGCCACCCAACUGCUUCUACAAUGGAUGAUGAAAUGAACACAAACCAUGUUCCUAAUGUUAUAUCGCCAUUGUUUCUCAGCAAUUGGUCACCACCAAGGUACCUAUGGAGGGGAUUAUCAGUUUUAAUUUUAGCAGGACAGGUAAUUAUGAAGGUUUUAAAGGGAAAGGUUCAUUGGAAGAAUACUCUUCAACAACUGGAGAGAGUUGGUCCAAAGUCGGUUGGAGUAUGUCUUUUGACCUCAGCCUUUGUUGGCAUGGCAUUCACAAUACAAUUUGUGAGAGAGUUCACUAGGUUAGGAUUGAAUAGAUCAGUAGGUGGUGUUUUAGCUUUAGCUUUCUCUAGGGAGUUAAGUCCCGUGGUUACAGCAAUAGUCGUUGCAGGACGCAUCGGAAGCGCUUUUGCAGCAGAAUUAGGAACUAUGCAGGUUUCUGAACAAAUCGACACAUUACGAGUUCUUGGAUCAGACCCCGUUGAUUAUCUAGUGACACCGAGAGUGAUUGCUUCUUGUAUUGCUUUACCUCUAUUGACAUUAUUGUGUUUUACAUUAGGACUGGCGUCUAGUGCCCUACUCGCUGAUGGUGUUUAUGGAAUUAGCAUUAACAUUAUUUUGGAUUCGGCUCAGCGAUCUCUCAGAGCAUGGGAUAUUAUUAGUGCAAUGAUCAAGUCAGGGGUUUUUGGUGGUAUUAUAUCUAUUGUGAGCUGUGCUUGGGGGGUUACAACUAUUGGAGGUGCUAAAGGUGUUGGAGAAUCAACAACUUCAGCUGUUGUUAUUUCUCUUGUUGGUAUUUUCAUUGCUGAUUUUGCUCUUUCUUGUUGUUUCUUCCAAGGAGCUGGAGAUCAGCUAAAGAAUUGCCUUUAAGCAACCGAUUGUGUAUGCAGAUUUUUAUUUUUUCAAACUUUGCAUUUGUUUUACAAGUCCUGUUCUUUUCCAGAAAAACAUCACUUGACUAAAUAAUAAACAAGAAUUGGUCCUAGCAUUCUAUGUGGAAUUUCGGGUUCGAACCCGGAUGACAGAGUAUUCCUGUGUGGUGGAGAUGGUACUGUUGGAUAUGUCUUGUGGCUUGGACAUUAUCUGGACUUGUUGCAGCACAGUUUGGAGAUGUAGCAAGUAGAAUUGAAACCAAUGAGACAGUGAAAGAGUUUAUUAGAAGAUACUUUUGUUAUAGAGAUGAUUUUGUAGGAAUAUGAUGCAUUCGUAGAUGUUUUCAAGUGAUGUUGGUGUAUAUGUAGAUCACUAUAGUGUAAACUAAAAAGUAAAAUAGUAAAUGGAGAAAAAAAAGACAUAAUGCAUAGGAUAAGUUAUUAAUUGUUGGUUUGAAAUUUGAAUUAGGACAAGGACCUUUUCUAAGGCAAUAAACUCAAAGUGGUGUUUGUUUACCAAUUACCACCAUGUUUUGGACCCUCUA